ACGACCUGUAUUGCGAAUGACUAGAUGACGAGCUGAGAGAGUUGGGUCUCUUUCAUAUCCCCUCUCUUGAAUGUUGUACCCCAUACUUAUAGGGGAAUGUCAUGUUGCCAAAAGACCAAAAUACUCUUCCUUUGUAUUCGGCUUAGAAGCUGAUUGUAGACAAACUUUUAAGGGGUGUAAGCCCACCCCUAACACUCCGGUUACUUUUUCCUCUGUUACCGUUUCUAGUAACGCUGUUUCCGGCAAUCGCCAUCAUGUUUUCCGUGAAAAUCAUCGGCGUUAACUAAAAUCUCCGAUCCGCCUUCUUAGAUUUUUUUUUCUUUCUCUCUCUCUCUCUUUCUCCUUCGUUUUUGUUAAGAUGAUGAUCCACUGAUUUCAGAAGAUCGUAUAGCUCAUAUAUCUUCUAGCUCUACUCAGUAGCUUAGAAAUUUUAGUAGAUUUUUUUUUUUGUUUUUUUUGUGACUCUUUUCCCCCAAAUCUGGAGAAAAUUCGAAUUGAUUUUGAGAUCGAUAAUGCCAUUUCCGAUGAAGAUUCAACCGAUUAACAAGGAUUCUCCGGCGACCAGAGACUUUUCUCGAGUUGAAUCACCAAGCAAAACAGUCCUCAAGUCUCGUCUCAAGCGUCUACUAGAUCGACCGUUCACAAGAAGCUCAAACUCAGAUAAAUCACUACUUAUCGAUGGAACAGAGUUCGAGCCGAGCUUAGCAAAGAUGGUUCAAAGCUACAUGGAAGAGAACAACGAGAAGCAAACUAAGAGCGGACGUAAUAAUCAUCGUUGUAAUUGCUUCAACGGGAACAAUUACAACGAUAGCUCUGAUGACGAAUUCGAUUUGUUCGAUGAUGGUUCCGUCGAUUCAUUCAACGUCGCUUAUGACGAUUUCAAGAGCUUGAUUCCAUGUGCGAGCGUUGUUGAGAAGACUCUGUUAACCGAAGCUGCGAAGGCUAUAGAGAAGAACAAAUCAAUCAAACGUAAAGACGAAUUGAGAAAGAUCAUUGUUGUUCAACUCUCAUCUCUCGGUUACGAUUCUUCGAUUUGUAAAUCUAAAUGGGAUAAAUCUCGCUCUAUACCGGCCGGUGAGUAUGAGUACAUAGAUGUGAUUGUGAACGGAGAAAGGAUUCUAAUCGACGUUGAUUUUAGAUCGGAGUUCGAGAUCGCACGGCAGACGAGUAAUUACAAGGUGUUGCUUCAAUCUCUGCCGUUGAUAUUCGUCGGAAAAUCUGAUCGGCUUCUUCAGAUCGUGUCAAUGGUUUCUGAGGCGGCGAAACAGAGCUUGAAGAAGAAAUGUAUGCAUUUCCCGCCAUGGAGAAAAGCUGAUUACAUGAGAGCUAAAUGGCUAUCUUCCUAUACUCGAAACAACUCCUCCGACGGCGAGGAGCCGUCGCCGGUUACUACUGACGCGACCGCCGUGGCUGAACCGGAACUGCUGGUUUUCGAGGAGAAACUCUUGUCGUCGCCGCCGUUGAAGUUUUCUUCUAUGACUAUGAUUACAGAUGAUGAUGAUAAUGACGUGGCAGAGCUGGUGAAGAGAGAAGUAAAGGUUGUCACGGGAUUAGCUUUCCUGUUCAAAGAUAAACCCUAAAAAAAAAAAAUUGAAAUUUUCCUAAUUUUUGCUAAUUUUUGAAUUGAACAAACAAGAAUUUACAGAAGAAAAAAAAAAAUAUAUAUAUAUAUAUAUAUAUAUAUAACAUUAGGAUUUAUAUUUUACCCAAUAUUUUACUCUGUUUUACCCAGAAAUGUAACAGUAGUUUACUCU